AUGGAAGAAUCAUUGGAGGAUGACACAGAGGAUGGAUAUGAGUUGGACAUGACCUCAAGUUCAUUGUGUCCACCACCUGAAAAAAUUAAAACCAGAGGAGGAGUGAAGAACAAAGAUAAAGGCAAAGUACCAAAUGGUUAUGAUGUGUACCGUGAUCCAUCAUACUUUGAACAUGUUGAAAGAGAAUAUGGUGAUUCACAAGGUACAUCAAAGAGGUUGCGUACACAACUAUCUCAGCCAUCUCAGGAGCAACAAUCUCAACCAUCUCAAAAGCAACUAUCACAAAUGUCUAAAAAAAUGAUAUCUCAGAAGUAUCUGGGGCAAUUUCCUGAUCAUAUACAUCCACAUAUUGUUGACAUUAUUGAAAUGUUAGGAGAUGGAAAUUGUGGUUUUAGAGCUGUUGCAUAUUUACUUGGUUACACAGAGGAAGGUUGGCCCAUCGUCCGCCGAGAGUUACAUGAAGAGCUGACAAAUAAUAACAGUUUGUAUGAGAAAUUAUUCAGACAAGGUUUACAGGGCGUUAGAGAUUCGCUGGUAGGAAAUAGAUGGUUCACCGUACCUGCUAUGGGUUACUUGGUAGCAAAUAGGUAUAAUGUUAUUUUAGUCAUGUUGGGUAAACCUAGUCAGACCUUCUUUCCUAUGAUGACUUCAUAUUCCUCUUCAGCAAGGUUUUUUGUAUCGGUUUUGUCGGUGGAAAUCAUUAGGUGCCGGUAA